AUGUCCAUGAGGGAGGUGAAUGAGCAAAUGUUCAACAUUCAAAAUAAGAACAGCAGCUACUUUGCUGAAUGGCUCCCUCACAACGUGAAAACAACCGUCUGUGACAUCCCACCCCUGGGGCUAAAAAUGUCGGCCACCUUCAUUGGUAACAACACAGGGAUCCAAGAGCUCUUCAAACGCGUCUCCGAACAGUUUACAGCUAUGUUCAGGCACAAGGCCUUCCUGCACUGGUGCACGGGCGAGGGCAUGGAUGAGAUGAAGUUCACCGAGGCCAAGAGCAACAUUAAUGACCUGGUGUCAGGAUACCAGCAAUACCAAGACGCCACAGCUGAGGAGGAGGAUUUUGAGGAGUGUGCUGAGAAGGAGGAGGUAGCCUAGAAGAUUCCUUUUCUAGGUAAAGGGAGAAGCAGUGUGGAUUCUUUAGUGUGUUCUGAUAGCCAUUGUCACUACACACUUCUUUGAGUCUUUACAUCUCCUCCUACUGCAUUUUAAAGCACUUUCAUAGUAAGUAGUUUGGCCUAAUAAAACAUUUUUAUAGCAAAAAAAAAUAAAGAAAAAAAAAUAAAUAUAAUACAUAUAU